GUAAAGAUGCGUUGCCUCUUCAUUUUCUCCCUUGUAAUAGUCCUUUGCUGCAUGUCAAUCGCGGCUCAAAGCCUUAAUUGCAGCAGGAUUCGUGAAAAUUGUCGUCCUUGCACACGUCGUCUAGUGGAUCCCAUCAACAAUCUGGAGUUCAUAAAUAGAGAUUGCAGGGAAAGACUACGAGAUCGUUGGAUUUGGCGCGAUGUGAGACGUUGCGAUAUGCAAAUUGUUGCAUGUGAAAAUCAUGAGAGCAGACUGGAUUGUGAGAAUGUGGCUAGAAUAACUGGAAUGAGAAGAAUUCGUUAA